AUCUGCUUGAAAGGGAGCUCUUUGACCUUCUACUAAUGGGCCAGAACAUGCUUCUUGGUUGCCUGAGAAUUGUUCCUUUAAUUCAAUGUUAUGCAGUGGUCAGUUCCUACACAGGGGAAGGCUCAAUUUUCAACUACAGAUAGUGUUCUUUGAUAUUUGUGAUCCAUGGGGGAGUGGGUUAUUGGAGCAUUCAUCAAUAUUUUUGGUAGUAUUGCCAUCAAUUUCGGGACAAACCUUCUAAAAUUGGGUCAUAAUGAGGAUAUUGGCGAACUGGGUGGAAGAAAUUUGGUUGUGUUUAGUUUGGGCUGCAGGAAAAAUAAUUCUUUAGAAGAAUUUCCAGAAAUCAUGAAGUGGUACUCAUGUGGAUAUGAAAGAACUUUUUGAUGGGGACAUCACAGGACCUACUCGAGUGUACCAGAGACGGAGACGACCACCCACAUCAGCGCAACUUUCUUUGUGGAUGGGAGAUGAGUUCCGUAUGGGGCCCGACGAGCCAUUUUGAAGACUCCACAUGCAUUGGACGUGCAUAAGGAAGACCCCACUUUGGGAUGAUGCAUCGAGAGAGGCUUGCUAUGCAAGACGGUGAUGGAACCAAUGGCAAGCUUGUUUUAAAGCCGAUCAUAUACUUCCAGACUUGGAGAGUCGGUAUUCUCUUUUUUGCUCUUGGGAACUGUCUUAACUUCAUUUCAUUUGGAUAUGCUGCUCAGUCACUUCUUGCGGCACUUGGAUCCAUUCAGUUUGUAUCUAAUAUAGCAUUUGCGUACUUUGUCUUGAACAAGACGGUGACAAGCAAGGUAAUGGUUGCUACGGCUUUUAUUGUCCUUGGCAACAUCUUCCUUGUUGCUUUUGGCAACCACCAGUCACCAGUAUACACGCCGGAGCAGUUGGUGGAGAAGUACAGCAACAUUGUAUUUCUUUUUUACUGCAUGAUCUUGAUGGUGAUUGUUGCCGCUAAUCACUCUAUUUACAGGAGAGGCGAGCUUCUGCUUUCGAUUCCUGGACAUGACCUUAGACCAUAUUGGCGCAUGUUGCUCCCUUUAUCCUAUGCCACAGUUUCUGGUGCUGUAGGAUCAUGCUCAGUGUUGUUUGCAAAAUCACUGUCUAACAUGCUGCGAUUGACCAUGGCUAGAGAUUAUCAGUUCCACAGCUGGUUCACGUACUCCAUGCUUCUGUUUUUUCUUAGCACAGCAGGGUUUUGGAUGGCUAGAUUGAAUGAAGGGUUGUCUCUGUAUGAUGCAAUCCUUAUCGUCCCCAUGUUUCAGAUUGCUUGGACCCUGUUCUCCAUUUGUACAGGAUUUGUAUAUUUUCAAGAAUAUCAGGUCUUCAAUGUGCUAAGGACAUUGAUGUUCAUUCUGGGAAUGGCAUUUGUAUUCGUAGGCAUUUCUUUGCUAGCACCUGUUGACUCGAAGGGAGGUGAAACCAAGGAUUCUUCUUUGGUUUCUGCUACGUCUUCAAACAUUUCUACUGACAUGAACAGGCCAAUGAAGCUACCGACAGAAGAGACAGAAAUUAAAGAUAUAAGAUCGUUGGGCCAAGCAAUGCUGUCGAGACUGACAGCUAUCGCGAUCAAAGCAAAGACCGCCUGCGUUCUAUCUUUAGGCUUAGGUGAGGAUUCAAUAAGUGCUUCUUCGGUUCUUGUAAUGCCUAUGGUGUCUUCAAGGAUGACAGGCUUUAGAGGGGCUGGUUACGAUCGUGUGAAGCUCUUUCCCCUAAGAAGCUCCGGCUGGAGUAUGAUUCCAAUGGAGGAUGAUCCAGAAAUUCAUGAGGGCAGCACUUUGAUUUCUCAUAACCAUAGUCAGAGGUAGCAAUGCAUUGUGAUGUCUUUUGGGAAGGAAAUUGAUUCCGCCUCCCUUCCCCCCCCCCCCUAAUUCUAUUUGUUGUAUCUUGAAUGUAUAGGAAUGAUAUAUAGUUUCACGGCAUCGUCAUAGCGUUGCGAUGUGAUUUAUACAAAUUUCACUGCCUGCUUGCAAAAAAUUCUCUUUUUGAGAUAUCAAUUGACCCAUUAUUUUUAUCGAUAGGAUUUGGCAGAUCCCAAAGUCCACCAUUUGGUAAUCAAGUUACAAAUCUGUGGAUUUGGAGCA